AUGGCGGUUCAAACUGGUCUUGAUUACCUGCGUUCGCGCACGAUCGUGGACUGUGAUACCAUGAAUGACGAGGUCGCCAAAUCUCUCGGCCCUUUCCAGGAUUGUACGUCUAACCAGGCCAUCGCAUUUGGCGAGCUCUCCAAGCCCGCACGGGCAGAAGUUGUCGCAUUAUCCAAGGCUGAUGCAAAGGCCUUGAAUCCCAAAUACUCCUCUAUCAGCAUCGAAGAGCUAGCUGUGGAGAUUGCAGUGAGCGUUGCGACCCUACCGUACAUGCUAGAGAUUCUAUUAACGGAUACCGAACAACAGAUGGUACGCCUGGCCGUUGGUAUGGCACAGCAGAUUCGCGGGCUCGUCCAUGUGCAGACCAACCCGUACUAUUCCUACUCAUCAGAGAAGACCAUCAUCAACGCCCUCCGAAUCGUGCAGCUGUUCCAGCAUGUCCAGCCUGGGUUCGAUGUAGCCCGGAUUGCAAUCAAGAUCCCGAGUACCUGGGAGGGCAUGAUGGCCUGUCGUACGCUUGAACUGGCGGGUGUGCGUACCCUUGCCACGACUCUCUUCAGCAUGUCUCAGGCAGUGCUUGCAGCAGAAGUGGGCUGCACGUAUGUGGCCCCGUAUGUGAAUGAACUGAAGGUCCAUUUCAAUGCAGGUUUGGUGGACGAACAGAAGCUGUUACCCCUCUGCAUCGCCAUUCAGCACUACUACAAAUCCAUUCAAGCCUCGACCAAAGUUCUGCCUGCGAGUUUAACAUCCACGGAUGAAAUUCUCAUGCUCGCUGGAGUGGAUCAUAUUACCAUUCCACCCCUUCUACUGGCUCUAUUGGCUCAGACCAAGUCCCCUAAUGUCAAAUCCUUAUUUGAUUCUGCGCCCACGGAGCCUGUUCCGGCGCCGGGUGUUUCGUAUAUCAAUGAUCACGGAAGGUAUCAGAUUACAUUUGCCCGAGACAGAGGUGGUGCUAGCCAAACCAAGCUGACUGAGGCUAUCAAUAUCUUCUGCGACUUCCAGGACAGAUUGGAGCAAUUGAUGAAUGCUGCCCCUUAG